GAAGAAGUUUUUAAAGUGAAGAAAUCAAGUUACAGCAAAAAGAUCGUAAAACAGUUGAAGAAAGAAUACAAGGAAGAUCUCGAAAAAUCAAAAGUUAGAACAGAGGUCAAUUCUCCAACAGAUGUCGAAGCACCACUAGAAAAGACAGGACAGAUUAAGGAUAUAGGCCAAGAAGAUGGGACUGCAAACAGUGAGCAUGGUGAAGAAGAAAUGGAAGUUGAAAGUGAGAAGGAAGAAGAAAAGCCCAAAGCUGGUGGGGCGUUUUCAAGUGCUCUGUCAUCACUGAAUGUUCUCCGCCCAGGAGAAAUUCCAGAUGCUGCUUUUAUUCAUGCCGCUAGGAAAAAGCGCCAAAUGGCUCGCGAGCUCGGAGACUUUACCCCCGUUGACAGUGAACCAGGUAAAAGCCGCCUUGUUCGAGAGGAUGAGAAUGAUGCCAGUGAUGAUGAAGAUGAUGACGAGAAGAGGAGGAUAGUUUUCACAGUGAAAGAAAAAUCCCAAAGGCAAAAGAUUGCUGAGGAAAUAGGUAUCGAGGGAAGCGAUGAUGAAGCACUGGUGGCAGGGGAGCAAGAUGAAGAACUCAGUAGAUGGGAGCAAGAGCAGAUAAGAAAAGGAAUCAACAUACCCCAGGUUCAACCAAGUCAGCCUGCUGAAGUGAAUAAUCUGUACUACCAGAACACUUACCAGACACUGUCUUAUGGUUCAUCAUAUGGCAUUCCAUACACCUAUGCUGCCUAUGGAUCAUCGGAAGCCAAGUCUCAAAAAACAGAUAAUACAGUUCCUUUCAAAACUCCCAGUAAUGAGAUGACUCCUGUUACUAUUGAUUUGGUAAAGAAACAGCUUAAAGACAGGUUGGACUCUAUGAAAGAAAUGCACAAAGCUAAUCGGCAGCAAUAUGAGAAACACCAGCAAAGCCGAGAGGACUCUACCAAGGCAAUUGAAAGAUUAGAAGGGUCUUCUGGGGGUAUUGGUGAACAGUAUAAGUUUUUGCAAGAAAUGCGAGGGUAUGUCCAAGACUUGCUUGAGUGUUUCAGUGAAAAGGUGCCUCUGAUUAACGAGCUUGAAUCUGCAAUGCACCAGCUGUACAAACAGCGAGCUUCCCGCCUUGUCCAAAGACGACAAGAUGAUAUUAAAGAUGAAUCUUCGGAGUUUUCAAGCCAUUCAAAUAAAGCACUGAUGGCACCAAAUCUUGAUUCUUUCGGGCGAGACAGAGUGAUCUAUCAAGAACAAGUCAAGCGUCGAACUGCAGAAAGAGAGGCUAGAAGAGCUCGCCGUAGACAAGCAAGAGAGCAAACUGGGAAGAUGGCAGAUCACCUUGAAGGCCUUUCCAGCGAUGAUGAGGAAACUUCAACAGAUAUCACAAACUUCAAUUUGGAGAGAGAUCGUAUAUUGAAAGAAUCCAGCAAAGUUUUCGAAGAUGUUUUGGAAAGCUUUUACUCCAUCGAUUGUAUCAAGUCACAGUUUGAAGCUUGGCGUUCCAAAUACUUUGCCUCUUAUAAGGAUGCUUAUAUUGGCCUCUGUUUACCAAAGCUGUUUAACCCUUUAAUCAGACUUCAGCUGCUUAUCUGGACUCCUUUGGAGGGCAAGUGUCGAGAUUUUGAAACAAUGUUGUGGUUUGAGUCAUUGCUGUUUUAUGGUUGUGAAGAACAAGAGCAAGUGAAAGAUGAUGCUGACAUUUCACUGUUGCCUACCAUUGUAGAGAGAGUUGUUCUUCCUAAAUUAACAGUGAUUUCAGAAAAUAUCUGGGAUCCUUUUUCUACCACACAGACAUCUAGAAUGGUAGCAAUUGUACAGAAACUAGUGGAUGGAUAUCCCUCAGUGGUGAAUGCAGAAAACAAAAAUACACAAAUGCUUUUAAAGGCAUUGCUGCUUAGAAUGAGGAGAACACUAGAUGAUGAUGUAUUCAUGCCCUUGUAUCCAAAAAACAUCUUAGAAAACAAGAACUCUGGUCCAUAUUUGUUUUUCCAACGUCAGUUUUGGUCCUCUGUUAAG